GCCACCCGUCACAGCUCUAACUCUUUUUCUUGCUUAUUGUUCAUACUUUCAUGCAAUGCUGCUGUUCCCCUGAGGCUUACACAAAUAUUCUGUUUAUUAUCACUCUUUAUUUUGGAAAAGGAAAUGUCUAAAUGGACAAGCUCAUCGCGCUGACGCAGCUUGACCCAGGAGUGAAUAAGAAGCCUUUCUGCAAAUGGACCUUCCUUGUAAUCUUGCCAAAGACGACUUUUAAGCUAUUUGUUGUUAAAUGCGUCAGCUCCUAGGACAGCAGCCCCCUCCCUCCUUCCCUCUUAUCUUUUUUUUUUUCCCUUGUAGGGCGUGUUAAACGCUUUCCGUGGUGCUGAAACAAUCCUACACCGCUUCUCCGGGAUACUGACUAUCUGUUCUUCUGCUUUACAUUUGAAGAUCAUUUGUCGGUUUUUACAAAUCAACUGAUCGACUUCUUGGAGUGAGCCAUUUGUUCAACUGGAUUUACAGUUUGCUGCCACAAUGAAAGUCUACAUCAGCUGGAUUUAGAGAGACAAAACUUACACCAGGGCUUGUUGAACUUUUUCCAUUUUUCAUAUUCUGUUUUGCCUUUCAGUUUUUUGUAACCUAUGGUGCUAACAUUGGAACUACAAGCUGGUCCUGUUUUGUUUUCCUCUGAGCAUGCAGUGACUCUGUGAUGUCUUUAUCUCUGUGUUUCCAACCUGGAAUCUUUAAACGCAUCAUCAGUGUUGUUUUACAUUUCUAAUUUGAUUGUUGUGGCUGGAAGGGGUUUGGUUCUGAUCCCAACAGAUAUGUUUUCCAUCAGAUGCAGAACAGUGAUAGUUUUCAGCGUUUGCCUUCUCACUCCCACACUUGCCUCCUCAAUUCAAAGAUGUGGAACGGGGUCCUGCAGCUAUGAUCCGAUCUGCUGCAAAAACAUCUCCUCCUAUAUCCCCUGUUGUAAACCAAGCGUGGACCACACCUACUACAACAUCGCCAUGGUGACCCGGAAACUUUCCGGAGUGCUCAUUAUGCUGCUGCUCUUCGCCCUGGGCUACUUUAUCCAGAGGAUGCUGUGUUCCAAGUCUAGGCAGCAGAGCCCCCCACACAACGGCCCGCCGCCGGUCACCACAUCUCAAGAAAUGCUGAUGGAGAGCUGUUCGAGGGAAACUUUAGCUGAUCCACCUUUGGCUCAUGCGUCAGCUGUGAAACUACCCACAUAUGAGGAAUGCAGAGAUCUCCCAACCUACGAAGAGACAAUCAAGGAUGGAAGCAGAGGACGAGCCGGUCCCUCCAAUAUGAACGACUCGAACAUUAAUUGAAUACAAUUAAACUUUGAAACAGCAGCAUGGGGUAUGACUUUAAAUCAGUUUCUAUCUGAUCUUUUAAGCAACUGCUUAGAUUUUAAGUAAAAUGUUGUCAAGGAUGUUUUUUUUCCAAGAUGUGACUUUUGUUGAAGCGUUUAAGGGUAAGAAUGACACAAAUUUUCUGCUCUUAGAGUUUAAAUAUUAUAAAUCUAUAAUAGUGAAUUGUUAAAGAUUCUAAUACCAGCCCAAACCAGAAUCAACAGUGGUUAAAGAGAAACGUAUCAUUUGAACAUAGGCUUUUGCACAAAAUUGGUUAAUUAAGGUCGAUUUUAUUUCUUUAUAGAAAUUAUUCAAGAUUAUCUAGAAUACAUUAGAUGAAAAAGCCCAACUGACUUUUGAAAUGUUUGCUCAACUAAAUUUUAGCUAAAAGACACCAGAAAAAUAGGUUUCGUAUUAGAGAGAAACAAUCUUAAACUAAUAAACAUAUUUUCUCUAAUUUGAUGGCAAGAUAAAGAUUUAAGAUUUGCAAGACAUGUAGAAAGGUUCAUUUUUAGCAUUAGCAUUAUUAUUAAACAUUCUCAAACAAUCUCAUCUACAAAUAUAUUUUCUGAAAUGAUCAUACCAGUAACAAUACCACCAUUUCUUUAGUUUUCCUGUCCUGCACACACACACAAAAAAAAAAAAUGAAUCAGCAACCACAUACUACAAUAUUAAACUAUAAUAGAGCAAAAGGAUCCCCAAAAAACUGACCGGCAUUUGAAUAAUGAGACCAUCAAGCAAUCAGCCAGAAUGAAAUAAAAUGAAAAAAGAUUAAACAGAUUGCUUUUUUUAAAUUGCAUCAUUAAAAACUAAGUCAGCAUCUCACAUCCUGACAAAUCUCAGCAGAGAUGAGCUUUAAGGAGGCAUUUAAAAGCAGACAGGAAGGGAAGAGGCUUCUGAAAUGUAAAAGGAAAAGUUAUUCAAUAAUUUAGGAGAAAAAGAACGGUCUACUCAGAGCUUACACUUUGUGUUUGGCACAUAGGAGCAAAUGAUUAGCCAACAUGAGUGUGUCAGGUUGUAGCUGUUCAAACAGAUAGGAUAUCAGGAUCAUUAAAAGCAAAUGAAAUCAUUUAAAAUUAAUCUUAAUAUGUACAGCCAGUGCAGGAGGGGCUGAAAAAUAUGAAACAUGGCCAAACCUUUGGGAGCCAUUUAAAAGUUGAGUAGUGGUUUAGUAUCCUCUACAGAGAGAAUGAAUCGCUAAUUCCCUUACAAAGUGUGUUGCAGUUUUUAAGUGCUAUCAAAGGCUGGAUUAUUGUAGCACAGAGAAACAAUUGGCUGUAUUUUAGCUGGCUGCAUCACAUGGCGAAAGCUGGAUUUAACUUGGGUGUUAUUUUCUACCUUUAGUUCAACACACUACCUGAUGUACAAAGUUAAUGUACCAACGUGAAAGUAGGUCUCAGUGGUGCUUAGACAAUCAGUCUUUUUUCUUAUUGAACUUUGAAUAGUUUAAAGACAUGCAGACUUUCAUGACACCUAAACACAAAAUCAGAAGGAUAAACUUUUUUGCCUUUUAUUGGCUUAUUUCAUUACAGUCACACACACACACAAAAAUAAUAAUAAAAAAAAAAUGUCUUCCUAGAAGCAUUAUACCACACAGUUAACCUACCCUAGAGUCCAGGGCUUUAGAUUUAGUUUUAAUGUCUUAUGGUUUUCCAGAUAUGAUUUAGGCUGAAGAUCAUUUUGGGGAUCAGGUGUCAAAAACUUUAAGUUAACUUUUAAACUUCAGUCCAUACCAUUGGAAACACUUUUUAU